AUGGCUCCGUAUGAGGCUCUAUAUAGGUGUAAGUAUCAAACUCUGAUUGGUUGGACUGAGUUAGUUGAGCAUAGACUAUUAGGUUUGGAUUUGGUUUAUAAGGCAGAGCAGACUGUCAGAAUGAUUUGGGAUAGAUUGAAGAUUGCCUUUGAUAGACAAAAAAUUUAUGUUGAUUUAAAAUGUCGGGAUAUUAAGUAUGAUGCGAGUGAUAAGGUUUUCUUAAAGGUAUCUCCGUGGAGGAAGUCUGAAGAGGAGCUGGUUGAAAUACUAGAGGGAGAUGAGAAAGUUCUUCGGAGGAAGACUGUUAAGAUGGUCAAGGUUUUGUGGCGUAACCAGGGUUAUGAUGAAUCCUCAUGGGAGACCGAGGAGACCGUGAAGGUUCAGUAUCUGCAUCUCUUUCCUCCAGGUAAAUUUUGA